AUGAAAAAGGCUGGCUCCAGCUCCAAGGACCGCUUAGCCAAGUCUGGCAACACUAAAAAACGGACACCAUCUGGGAGUGGUCAACCUACAAACGCGGGCCUUACACAUCCUGGAACUGGGGCUGGGUUCGGAGGGGCACCGAGUAUUGGAUCGGACGAGUCGCAGGAUGCACCAGUGGUAAUAUGGCCAGAAUGGUCAGAUGCUGAAGUAGCAGCGGAGAAAUGGGCGGUGAAACACGUCUUUGAAGACCCAGAAGGACUGCCAUGGCUACCGCGGUCCUUGAGAGGCCUGGUAGAUGGUUUCAAGCGGCCAGUUGAUCUGGCUCCUGAAGGUCAAUCACCGAUAUGUAUGCAGCCACUACAUCUCGAAGACGAAAUGUUCCACAGUAUUGCACCUUCAAGCACCGGGUCUGUCGGGUUUGGAAGCAUUUCGACAUCCCCUGGGUUAACACGAAGUUAUUCGAAGGCGUCCAAUGUAGAUGCUGCCGCUUCUGUCAUGGGAAGCAGUUUUCCAGAAGCCGUACUCGAAUCGCCCGAGGGAAUAGAAAAGAGUGAUAGAAAUCAAAAGGAGGGAGUGGAUGACGGUGGGGGCAAUUUGGGAUCAUCUCACCCUCCUGGCACACCCGCAGUUCCGGGGACACCUGCUGCACCUGGGCAUGCACAAGGACUCGGCGGUAACUCACUAGGAUCUCCUCAUGGCAGCAAUAUGGCUACAAUGGAAGAGGCGACUUCAACGGAAGAGGACAACACUGCGAGCGCCUCGGCCAACAAGGCACUGGAAGACGAAGCUUCAGAUCAAGAAAUCUUGUCUGGGACAUCCAAGCUUUUUCAGGCCAACCGCCAUCUCCUAGGCUCAGAACUAAUGCGUUCAAUACUCUCCACACUCCAUUUCCUAUAUGACCAGUAUAAGAAAUCAAAAGCAUCCAGCGGACCCGUCAGUGGUAUGAAUGCGUCCGACGAAUUCUGCCCAUGGGACCAGAUAUACCCAAAAUCAAAAGACGGUCUACCCAUUUACAACAUAUCUGGAAAGUAUGCGGUCAAGCUUUUCUGGCUGGGGGCUUGGAGAAAGAUUACUGUAGAUGAUCGACUACCAGUCGAUUCGGAAGGGCGGCCACUGGUCGUUUCCAGUGUGGUGGCACAUGAAAUAUGGCCGAUGCUGUUGACGAAGGCAUUGUUGAAGGUGGCAGCAUUGAGCUACAAAGAAACAGACCAAGCUUGCGAAUUUGGUGACUUUGAUGUCUUCCAUACGCUGAAAGGCUGGCUUCCCGAAAAGCUGCCUGUUCACGAAAAACCAAGCAAACCCCUAUGGACAGCUUUGUCUGCGUUGAACAUCAAAACUUUCCAGUCGGGCCUCGCACCUCCACUUACUGGUGCUCAAGCAUCGCGAGGUGGAAACCUUAAUCCUGCCAGUUCCACAACAAUGGCAAAAGAUCGGGGUGCUGUGAUGGCUGGUCCGGGGGAUAGAUCAACCAUGGCAUCCGCAAAUGGGCCAAGAGGAGGUACUGGAACAGCUGGUACGGUACCAGGUGGGAAGCAAAGUCCUUUUGUGAUAAUCUUCGCGUGGAGAGAAGGGGAGGAAGCAUCAGAAAAGUUGGACAUGAACACGAUCGCUGUACCAUGUCGCAUCAUGGACAUACGCGCGACUGUGAUAGCGCCCGGUAUACAAGCAAAAGACCUCUCCAAUGUUGACCUGACCACAACACAGAGGUUGAUCAGGUUGCGAAGCUACUAUAGUUGCGGACACUUUCGUGCUCGCAAACCGGGAGACGCGAAGAGUAACAGUAAAGUAGUGGAAGAGCCACCGUCAGAGGCCGCCUUCGAGACAACCGACUGCUGGAUGCCGUACAGUGAAUUCUGUCGAGUAUUCAGGUCCGCUACGGUCUACCAUAGUCAGGGGAGUUUUAAGUUUGUCAAGUCAGUGCACAGUAUUCCCGAUCCAGCCAAGGCGAGCGAAAACCUGCGUAUCCCCCAGGUUCUUUACUUACCAGAUAUAACAAAGGAUCUUUCCGUCUUUGUCUUUCUUUCAACCUACGGACGUGUAAAAAAUGAAGUAACGAUGCAAGUAUCUUCUGCACUGGUUGAAGAAUAUGACUGGAAAGGGACGGCCGAGCGACGACCUGUAUUGCGUAUGACGACAAACGCCGCGUUAUGUAGCUACCUUCGGAUACCGGAAGGGCGCCAAGCAUAUCGCUUUAUUGUGAACUGCCCAACGUCUUACAGUCUUUCUGUCUGGGCUCGUGAGGAGUUUCUGUUGGAAGACGAAGGAAAGUACCUUUCGGAGCGUCUCGAAGUACAUGUGCGGGAUAUAGAUGAAACGUUUCCGGCUCAGCCGGCGAAUUCUUGGUUUUUGCUGGUCAAAAACAUUGUACAUUUUGCCGAACCGACAUUUCUUGCGACGAGUAUCUUUGUUCCUGAAUACAUCCAACAAUCGACGUGCCUCCGUAUGUUCGACAACGACACCAAUGAAGAGAUCCCGCAAGUAUUCUACCAGUUGCGCCCUCGGACCUACCUGCCAAACCAGAAUGGAUACACGCUGGUCGCAGACUGUCGAAUAUCACAACCAAAACCGGGCGGAAAAUGGAAAUUACGAUUUGUUUCAGAGCCUGUUCCAGUAAUUCCUCCCGAGCGUCCGUUAGAAAUGUGGACAAAGCCCAUCGUUCAAGACUUUGACGACAUGUACACCCCAAACAAGCACAAUGUGCUUUUCCGCUACGUAGUGAAGGUCAAAGACGCACCCAUGAACUGCGUAUCCAUGCAGCUCACAUUUUCCUUCCCGUCUAUAUGGCUCAAACUGCAAGUUUUUGACAAUGGGGUAGAAGUCCAAUCUGCUCGAGGCAAGGGCAUUGCUACAAUCUAUGCCCUCAACCUCAUGCAAACAGACGAUCCGGUCGUCGCUCCUCCAGCAGUCACUAAGGCGGAAAAAGGCAACGACAAGCCGGACAAAUCUGAGAAGAAAGGAAAGGAUGGCCCAAAGGAAACUUUAAAAGAGUCGCUGAAGGAGCAUCCUGGGAUAGUUACGCCUCCGGUGAAUGAUUUACCGCCGAUUCCUAAGCACAAGUACAUUGUCCAAGGGAGCGUUGAGAAUGUCGAGCUUUCCAAACUCAUUGGGCUUCUUCCAGUGACCCCAGCGCCAGUAGGCGAACCUAACCGUCCACCAUCACGCGGCGUCAAGGCCGCACCCUCUGCGUCCGCAUCAGCCAAAAAGAAAAGAUCAGCAACGAUCUCAGGUGGCUCAGGUGCAGCAGUGCAAAAUCAGGCUGGAACAACUGGAGAAGAGAGAUCGGUGCCUACCGGCAACGAACCUUCCUGGCGACUACGUAUCAUAUCAACGGAUACGGCAUCUCUUGGGGUUGCUCGUGACACAGAAAAGGAAGAUCGUUAUCGGGCAAUAAAAGACUCCUGGGAAACAGCACAGCCGGGAAGAGCAGCACGGGCCCGCGAAGCCAGAGAUACGUAUUUAAAACAGGUCGAAGCGGGAAUCAUUCGACCAAUCUUCAUUACCGGAGUCGGUGGUAAGGAUGUACCGUACAAGCCCUGGACAAUACAUGGGACUAUGGCAGCAGCUCGACUAGCGCGAAGACAAGAGAGUACGCGCGGUUCACAUAGCAGCAUGAUACGCGAAGAUACCGAAAGUGAGACACCCCCUCCACCACCUAGCAGCGCAGGCCAAUAUCCUCAAACCUCACCCUCCCGAAGAUCCACUGCAUCCCCAUCACGAGCGGCUUCCGCGGAAAGUAGGAUAAUGUCAAAACCACAUGUUCUCACUCCCGAAGAAAUGACAGAGCUCCAAGCAGAACGAGAUUCCAGACAACAGGAACAUGAAAGAUACCAAGAAUCUGUCAGGAAAGCCAGAGCGGAAGACCGCGAAAAGCGCGCUCACGAUCGACAACUCUUUGUAGAUAAAAUUGAAGAGAAGAUGAAGCAAGUCGAAGGCUUUAGAGAACUUGAUUUAUCGCGACGAGAAGCAUACCGACAAAAGGUUAUCAAAGAGAUUGAAGAAGCUCAAGCGAAAGCCAGGGCCGCCAUGGAAGCUGCAGCCAGAGAGUCAGCUUUGGCCGCGGAGCAAGGAGUCGAGAUGGAUGCGGCGGCCAUGAGUUUAGAGAAAGAUAAACUGAAAAAGAGAGCUCCUGCAAAGCGAUAGGGUGUACCAUGCACCGAGCCGCAAUUUCGUAUAUAUAUUUCUUUUCUCCAUUUGUUAAUGAUCCCGUUGUAAAAUACUCAGGACACUGUUAGUCGUUCGCUUCAGAAGUGCAAGUGCAUUUUUACGGCCUACAGAGAUUGGCCUUUAUGUACUGAGAGC